AUGCCCGAUGACGAGAUGCCCAAGGAAGUCGCUUACCGCAUGAUCAAGGACGAGCUGAGCCUGGAUGGCAACCCCCUGCUCAACCUCGCCUCGUUUGUCACCACAUACAUGGAAGAAGAAGCUGAAAAGCUCAUGACCGAGUCCCUCCCCAAGAACUUCAUCGAUUACGAGGAAUACCCCCAGUCGGCCGACAUUCAGAACCGCUGCGUCUCCAUGAUUGGCCGCCUCUUCAAUGCUCCCGUCAAAGACUCGGAAGCUUCCAGCGCCGUCGGAACAUCGACCGUUGGCUCCUCCGAGGCCAUCAUGCUCGCUGUCCUUGCCAUGAAGAGGCGUUGGAAGAACAAGCGCAUCGCCGAGGGUAAGCCCGCUGACAACCCCAACCUGAUCAUGUCAUCCGCCGUCCAAGUCUGCUGGGAAAAGGCCACUCGCUACUUCGAGGUGGAAGAGAAGCUGGUCUAUUGCACGCCCGAGCGCUACGUCAUCGAUCCUAAGGAGACGGUAGACCUGGUGGACGAGAACACCAUCGGUAUCUGCUGCAUCCUUGGCACAACAUACACUGGCGAGUACGAGGAUGUCAAGGCAGUUAACGACCUUCUCGUGAAGAAGGGGCUGAACACUCCAAUCCAUGUGGACGCAGCCAGCGGAGGUUUCGUUACCCCCUUCGUCGUGCCCGAUUUGGAAUGGGACUUUAGGCUGGAGAACGUUGUGUCCAUCAACGUCUCUGGCCACAAGUACGGCCUCGUCUACCCCGGUGUCGGUUGGGUCGUCUGGCGUUCUGCCGAGUACCUCCCCCAGGAGCUGGUUUUCAACAUCAACUACCUCGGUGCGGAUCAAGCCUCCUUCACCCUAAACUUCUCCAAGGGUGCUAGCCAGGUCAUUGGCCAGUACUAUCAGCUCAUCCGUCUCGGCAAGCACGGCUACCGCGCUAUCAUGUCUAACCUGACGCGCACAGCUGAUUACCUCGCCGAGUCGCUUGCCGCUCUUGGCUUCAUCAUCAUGUCCAAGAAGUCUGGUGAAGGCUUGCCUUUGGUCGCAUUCCGUCUCAGGGAGGACCCAGACCGCAACUAUGAUGAGUUUGCUCUUGCUCAUCAGCUCCGUGUGCGCGGAUGGAUCAUCCCCGCAUACACCAUGGCGCCCAAAACGGAAGGGCUGAAGAUGCUCAGGAUUGUUGUCAGAGAAGACUUCUCUAGGAACAGGUGUGAUGGACUUAUCAAUGAUAUCAGGUUGUGCCAAGGUUUACUUGACCAGAUGGACAAGGAAACUAUCAAGAAGCAGCAGGAGUUCAUCCACAAGAAUCAUGUGGCGAGCGGAAAGGCGUCGCACAACCAUCCCAAGUAUCGCAGACAUGCUGACCAUGGCUAUAGAAGGAGAAACACUCGUUGCAGGGCAAGACAGGGAAGACGCACUCUAUCUGCUGAGUCUUCUCCGUCGAGGUCUGAUUCUGGGUCUGACGCUGGGUCAGAGUAUGACUCGGAGUAUGGCUCUGACAUUGACGAUUACUAUAAGGAGGACCACAAGGAGCAUGACCUUGAACGGGAGGAGUGUCCAUUGUGCGGAAGUACGUCUGACAUUGAAAGAAAGGCAGAAGAAGAAGGGAUAGGGGAUUCGGAUUCCGCCACCGACGAUGGGACACUCGUUCAUGGGGAGAGGCACAGUCAACUAGAUGACCGAUCUACUAGCUCGCCAGUUGCCUCCAUGGUUGCAAAGACAGCCUAUAACCACUUGACCUUGUCAAGGCACUGUGGUCGGAAGGCAGCCGUUCGCGGGAAGAAGCAACAUCAGGGUAAGGGCGCGGGUCAGACGUUCAGCCUUGAGCUUCCUGGUGGGAAGAAGUUGCUUACCCCCCGCAUCGGGGCUUAG